CAGCAGUAGAACGAACUUCCAACCUCAAUCCGGACCGCAGAAUCUGUCACUAUCUUCAAAAAAAACAGCUAAAGACCCACCUCUUCCGUGAACACGUAACAAACCUCCUAUAAAAAAUAAUAGAUAGAUAGAUAGAUAAAUAAAUAAAUAAAUCCCGCUAGCACUUACACCUCUACUCUGCACUGGCAUAAAGUUGGCUUGACGUUAGACAGUCGAUAUUCGCGCACUUUGCUUCUUCUAGAACUCGGGAAUAGAUCUGCGAAUAUCUAACUUCCAACGUCAAGCCAACUUUAUGCCAGUAUGAAAAUCUCGAUUAUGGGCAAGUUAGUUUAUAAUAUAAACUAUAAUAUAAUAUAAACUAUAACACCAAAAAGUUGAGACUUAUUACUGACAAAAUUUCACCCGGAAGUAAAAUUAGCUUAUUCGCCUGUGGUUGCUGGCGCUGUGCUGUAUCCUGACAACGUUAAUGACAACAAGCUAUUUGUGGCCAGCACUGGUUGGCGCUAGCUAGCUAGAUGAAUUACCCCUUGUUCAAAUUUGCUAGCUAAUUCAAGUUUCCACCCCAAACUUCGCUGGUUUUCAGUAUACUAAACCCAGAACCCGUUGCCUAACAUUUACAGUAGUAACCGCCCGGGUGGAUAGAAAAACAUGGCAGAGGAUGGUCGAAGGGAAGACGAGGAUGAACGGAGUCCUGCAUUACAGCACCAGAUGUUUGUGGUUAUGGAGGACUUGUUAGAUAAACUAAAACUGUUGGACUAUGAGGAACAAGUCCUUGAAAAGCACAACAUGAAACCUCUAUCCAGGCAUUAUUUUGUAGCAAGUUCGUACACAGUGAGUAACCCUGGUGAACAAUUCUACAUGUUCAGUGUCAUAGCAGCGUGGCUCAUAACACUGUGUGGCCGGUCGUUUGAAACACCACAGGAGUAUGAUGACCCCAACGUGAUUGUGUCAAACAUCCUGACGCACCUUAGGGCACAGGGUGGGCUGGUUGACUUCCCUCCAUCUAAGCUGAAGUCUGGUUCUGGUGAACAUGUGUGUUAUGUCUUGGACCGCCUGGCAGAGGAAGCCCUUAGGUGUGGACAGUUUGUCUGGAAGAGGCCUCUCUAUCCCUCAGAGGAAUUGGAGGAGGAGUCUGUGAUGGAGGAUGAUGCUGAGCUCACACUCAGCAAAGUGGAGGAGUUGACUGAGGAGGCUGAAGAGGAAGAUGAUGUUAUUGAUCUGGAGGAACUGAAGUCAAGAACUAAUGAGGUGAGUGGGCUGAGACCAGAGAUGAUCCUGGAAUCAGUGACUGAUUCUGCCGAGUGGAAUCUGGAGGUAGAGAGGGUUCUGUCCCAGCUCAAAGUCUCUGUCCGCACAGAUAUUAAGGAUUGGCGGAGCCAUGUGAGCCAAAUGCUUCAGCACCAGGAUGGCAUCAAAAGCUCUUUGAAAGAGGCCAAGGCAUAUCUGGAUAAACUGCUGGAGGAGAUCAGUAAAACUCAGGAGAAAGUGAACAGCAGAGAGAAGUAUAUCAACACACAGCUGGAACACCUAAUCACAGACUACAGGAAUGCACAAGCAAAAUUCUGUGAGGCCAAGGAGCUGUAUCAGCGGGGCAGUGGAGGAGUGACUGAGAGAACCAGAGCUAUAGCAGAGAUCAGCGAGGAGCUUGAGAAAGUCAAACAGGAGAUGGAGGAGAAGGGUAGCAGCAUGUCAGAUGGCGCUCCUGUAGUAAAGAUCCGGCAGAGUCUGACCAAGUUAAAGCAGGAGAUCCAGGAGAUGGAUGUGCGUAUGGGGGUGGUGGAACAUACACUGCUGCAGGCCAAACUCAAGGAAAAGAACAAAAUGACCAGAGACAUGCAUGCCACACACAUCACAGAGACUACUACACAAACAUACUCAUAACCAUACACUAUACAGUUGCAAUCAUGACCUGUUUUCUAUGUCUUAUUUUAUUGAAUAAAGAUAACCAUUUCUGAA